AUGGACGCAUCUCACACCGCCCUCGAGCUUUCAGUCGAGGUGCCGAUUGACGGAUCCGUGCUGUACGGAAGCCACGUGUCGGUCCUCGGCAACAUCGAGGCCCUCGGCCGCUGGCAGCCACGAUCUGCCAUUCGCAUGAGUGCAACAGCUGUCCCGGUGACCACUGCGGACGGCCAGACAGUCUGGGGUCAUCGGUGGGCGUCGAAGCCGAUACGUGUGGAGGUGGAUGGAAUGUCUGCGGCUGUUAUCGAGUACAAAUGUGUGGCUAUUAGCGACACGACGGGCGAGGUUCUGCGGUGGGAGCCCAUCGGCGACGGCAAGAACCGCCGGCUGCCCAUCGAGCGCCUCCAAAGCAACUACAUCAUGACCAUGCCCGACAGGUGGGGCACUUCAGCCACGCGCCCCACGUACAGACCUCUUGACGGUACGCAACCCAGGCGUCUAGCCACCCCACAAGGGAAGGGGCCACGAAUGUGUGAGUGUGUGUGUGUGUGUGUGUGUGUGUGUGUGCAGAGCACACGACGGUCGCCGGGGGCUCGGCUGGCGUUGCGAUGCCGACUGCUCAGCCGGAGGGGCGACAGGGCGACCUGAUGGCUCGACAGCAGCAACUGGUACGUCUUAUUUAAGGGCCUCACACGUGACACGGGCAUCACGCACACGACAUGACAUGUGUCGGAUAUUUGUGGUCAGGAGAGUCAGUUUAGUGGUAUUGUCGCACAGCUCCAACAACUACGUGUCGAUCAGGUAAGCCUGACGCCACUCAGACAAGACCGCAUUGAUAAAUGCAUUCAGACAGACAGACAGACAGACAGACAUCAUUCCCCCUUGUCGUGUGCACCAUGUGCCAGUGUGGUCAGAUGAUGUCUGACCUGGAGCAGAAGCACUCCGAGGUACGAAACAUUGACCUUUUGAUUCAUUGGAAGGAGACCUGCCUGCCUGCCUCUCGCUCCGCUUGCCCUGUGGUUGUCCUUGCAGAUAAGCUGCCUGAUGUACCGCUUGUCCGCACUGGACACCUCAGAUCUCUCAUCGCACGUAUGCCUGUCUGGACAUCUGCACGAUAAGGACGGGCUCACACGCUCUGCCGCUGUCCGAUUGUGUCAUUCAUGGCUGCAGGAUUGUUCGCUCCACAUGAUAGCUGCGUUGGAUCAGUACGCCAAGUUGAAGGCCUCGCUCAAGGCCCUCGUCAAGGCGGCCACAUUCCCUCAGCGACGCACUGCUGCAUCGGUCAGUGAGCAUACCAACCAAUACAAUUCCGAGGGGAUGUGCUGUUUCCGUCUGUUAUGGUCAGGCCAAGUUAGAUGACCUCUCGGCCGACGCUAUGGCUCGUCUGCAGGAGCCCCUCGACCUGCAGGGCGUCGGCUGCCUCAAGACGACUGCACCACUCGUCAACUAUCACGUCAAGAUGGCCCAUCGUCGCCGGCUGGCCGUCGCCGUGGACAAGGCGGGUCUGACGGGUGUGGUGCGGUUUGCGCCUCAGCUGGGUGGCGGCGGCGUGAUGAAGGCGCUGUGGCUGAUGGAGGAGGGCGGCCGAUGGGGAGAGGUGGGCAAUGGACUGCGGGUGGCGGGUCAGUGUGGCUACUGCCAAUUGCCCGUCACCAUCGACGCUGUUGACCUGCAGAAGCACGACACCAAGACGGUAAGGGAGCACAUCACCUCAUACAGGGAGGGGGAGAACAGGGUGCAUCCAUCGUCGUGUGUUCCUGUGUGUCAGGCCUAUUUGUCGACGCCCCGUGUGACAGCCCAGUGGAUGAUCAUUGGUCGGCACGUGGCCUUCCGUCGUGCGAAUGGCCAGCAGGACGGCACCUUCGAGCUCUUCCGUGACAACACCACCAACGAAAUCCGAGCCAUCCGCGACGAGCCUGAGUUCGCCAUCACCCUCAACCCGCCACUGCCCACCAAUGCCGUGCACCCCCUGCAGCAGCACCCCUUCCAGCAGCACAUCAAGCACGACGACCCCCCCGUCCAGUGGCCCAUCCGGUUCGACUUCUUUGACGGCGGCAGCUGGGCGGCAAACGCGGCUGGGCGGCAAACGCGGAUGAGAGCACUUCUGCGUCGAUGA